AUGAUUAAGGUCAGAGGUGAGGUCAUCGGGCUGUGUCUGACAGUGACUCUGUCCUACAGGAGUUGUCUCUCCCUUCUACCUGACCCUCCGAGUCCGAUUCUUCAUCUCAGACCCCAACUCUCUACAGCAUGACCAGACCAGGUAGGGACAUGAGUAGGGAUCAUGGUCUCGUGACAGGUAGCCCUGCCUGCCACUUCAAAAUCAGUGGAACCUUUGGCCCAAUAGGGAAUUUCCUCUUGGUCUAAUGGUCAAGAGGUUGGUUGGGUUCUCCAAUGGGAGACCUGGGUUCAGAUCCCCUAUGUGUGUCUGUGUACCUGUAGACUAUGUUGAGAGUGUGUGUGUGUCAUUAGGAUGUACAGUAUAUGUCUGAUUCAGAUGAUAACCGUCUCCUCUACUGUCCUGUGUGUCUGCAGGCAUAUGUACUUCCUCCAGAUCAGGAGUGACAUCAGAGAGGGCAGGUCAGACACACUGGGCUCCCACAUACACAUACAUUCCCUCUUACUCCACCUAGUGGUGUAAACAGUGUGACAUUACAUUGAGAAAGUGUGUGUGUGUGUCCUGCAGGUUGAAGUGUCCUCUGAGUGCAGCUGUAGUACUGGCCUCCUAUGCUGUGCAGUGUAUGUCACGCUCUCUUCUUUGGUCUUUUUAGUGUGUUGUCUGUCUGGGGGAUUUAGCAUAAUCUCUCUCUCUAUUUCACCCCUAUUCUCUCUUUCUCCUCUUCUCUCUCUUCUCUCUCUCUCUCUUUCUCCUCUUCUCUCUCUGUCUUUCUCCUCUUCUCUCUCUCUCUCUCUCUUUCGGUCUUCUCUCUCUGUGUUGUAGCUGAGCUAGGUGACUACUCCCCAGACCUUCUCCCUGGUUACCUGUCCAAAAGCCAUUUCCUCCCGGAGCAGGACGAUGACUUCCUGUCUAGAGUGGAGGCUCUGUACCCAGGGCACAGGUACACACACCCAGAGGCCAGGCGUGUAUACAGCACCCCCUGGCCUACUAGAGGACAUGGUGGAGCUGUUAGCAUAAUGCUGAUACCAACCUAUCCUAUUCAUGUGCUGUUUCAGGGGGCUGAAGCAGAGUGAAGCAGAGCUGUGUUUUCUCAAUACAGCAAGAACACUGGAGCUGUAUGGAGUGGAGCUACACACUGCCAUGGUAAGUACCUCCGUAUGUCUCCCUCUGACGCUCCCCUCUGAUGCUCCCUCGGCUUCCUCUCAUUAUUCUAUCUCUGUCUUUCUCGCAGGACUCCAACAGUUCCCCUCUAUUGGUGGGAUUGGCCUCAGGGGGCGUGGCUAUCUUCUGUAACAUGAUUUGCUCCAGCUUCUUCCCCUGGUGAACACCUGGACUUAUGAUCAGACCCACACCCCACACACACACACCCCACACACACACACCACACACCACACACACCCCACACACACACACACCCCACACACACACCCCACACCCCACACACACACACCCCACACACACACACACCCCACACACACACACCCCACACCCACACCCUGAGUAUGUAUUGUCUCCUGCAGGGUGAACAUCAUCAAGAUAUCCUUCAAGAGGAAACGCUUCCUUAUGCAGCUCCGACGCAAACAUGUGAGUCCUGAUUGGCUCAAAAUGGUGUGUCCUGCUCUCCUAUUGGCUGGCCUUAGUGUUGUCUUCAUAACGUGUGUUCCAGGGGGAGACGCAGGACUGUGUGGUGAGCCUGGUCCUGCCCUGUCACAGGGCAUGUAAGAGCCUGUGGAGGUCAUGUGUGGACCAUCACUGCUUCUUCCACUCCAACAAGGCAACCCGUAGCCCACACUACGCCAACCUGGCAACCCAGAUACACAACAAGCUGCUAUCACAACACUGGGCCUUGGGCAACACUAAAACAGACAGGCAAGCGCACACACACACACACACACAUAACAGACACUAUCUUUCUCUCUCUCUUUUACUCAUCUGCACACUCUCGUCUCCUCUGCAGUGGUCCAGUGUGUAAGAAAGUGAUGGGUGGGAUGGAGUGGAACCCGGUUCUGAGGGGGUCCACCUCGUCAGAACACCUGGAGACCAAGAGCCUGCCGUCCCGAUCCCCCCCGCUCACACCCAACUGGUACUGCCCACACCACACACACUGCUACAGCAGGAGAUAUCCAUGUUAAGGGGUAGCUGUGUCUAGGGGUAACUUCAUCCUACCUUGUCUCUCUCUCUGUUAGGCGGAGUCCUCGUGUGCGUCAUGGCGCCCGUAAACCCCGCCCCUCCUCAGUGGAGCUGAACAAUGACCUGCGAGACGUGUCAGAGGGGGAGGACGUCUUUUACACCUACAGGGUCUCCCUCAGCAGCAGCAGGGGCAUCCAGGAGGGCACGCCUACACACAGGUCAGACACACACACACUUGCACACGGUAUGAAAUUGUAUCAGUGUAAAGUACAUUCUCAUGUUGGAGUAAGUUCUGAACACAGUAUCUAUAUCAGUGUUUCUGGUACACACAGCCAAGGGGGCGGAUUGUCACAAGUUGAUGAUAUCAGCACAGGAGAGGACGACAUUGAGGCCACCUCUCACUACCGGGACAAGGUAGUUACCCAGACAGACACGGGUGUGGGGGUGAUCAUGUAUUUGGGAUAAAGUAUCUCAUCUGUGUGUGCCAAAUUCAGUCAAUUGUGUGUGUGUUGCAGCGUGCUCUGGGGGAUGGAGACCUGCUAUUGGUGCGUCUCGCACCUGAUCACAACGGAAAGUUUGGUUUCAAUGUCAAAGUGAGUCUCCCCUUCAAUGAAUCACACACACUCUGUUACAUACAGUACCAUUCCUGUAUCCCUGACUGUGUUCCUGUUCUCAGGGUGGCGUGGACCAGAAGAUGCCUCUGGCCAUAUCCCAAGUCAACCCUGACUCCCCUGUAAGUGACCAUGUAUUCUGGUUUAUCUGUGUUGCUAAUGCCUUUGUAAACAGUACUUUAGAUUAAUCCAAUGUGAUUUGCUUGAUUUGUUGAUUGAUUAAUUGAUUGUAGGCGGGGCGGGUUGAGCCAAGGUUGUUGGAAGGGGACCAGGUCGUGUUGAUCAACGGUCGCGACAUCUCUGAACACACGCAUGACCAGGUUGUCAUGUUCAUAAGAGCCAGCAGAGAGUCCCACUCCAGAGAACUGGCUCUGCUCAUACGACGCAAAGGUAACACACACACUAGAGAGAGUGAGAGAGACACUGAUGCAGGUAACACACUGUGUGUGUGUGUUUAGGUCCAGGGCGUGUGGCCCCCCUGCUGCAGUUUCCCUCUGGCCCUGUCUCUGACUGGCCAAUCACACAGUGAUCCACUGCUUCUGCCUGGCCAAUCAGAACGAGGCCAGACACUUGAAGAGUCCAUGAAACAACUGGAGAGGGGAAUCCAGACAGGCACUCUCACCUUCCACUUCGAGGUGUGUUUUAGUUAGGCAACAACACUAUGAAAGGGACUUGCUUGUGUGUUUAAAUGUAACAAAUGCACUUUGGGAAUAACUAGUCAUUCACAUCACAAUAAAACCUGCUGUUGACAAUGCAGACAGAAGAGCGUAGUGAGUGAUGGUGAUGAUGUGUGUGUUGUAGAACCUGUACAUGAGGAAGCCUGGUCUAUCAGUAGCCUGCGCUCGUCUCCCAGAGAACACAGACAAGAACAGAUACAAGGACGUGCUGCCCUGUGAGUACAUACAGUUCUGUGUCCUAGUAGGAGUGACUCAACAUACCAGUGCCAGUGUACCUAUCUUCCCUAAUGUCCUGAAUCUGUGGGAGCUGGAGGACAGGACACUGUGCUUUCUUUGUUGAGCUGGUAGGUGGUUUGUGUGGGUCUGGGGUGGUUGUGUGGGUCUGGGGUGGUUUGUGUGGGUCUGGGGUGGUUUGUGUGGGUCUGGGGUGGUUUGUGCGGGUCUGGUUCUGACUCCAUCUCUGACACACACUCUCAAACUCUUUGUUCUGUCAGAUGACGUCUCCAGAGUGGUACUUCAGGACCAAGAGGACUACAUCAAUGCAAGCCACAUCAUGGUCAGUACACACUUUGUGUUUAGUGUUGUCCUUGUUGACUUGUGUGUAGUUAUGCUGUAUUUGUAUAUUCUGUGUGUCAGGUGGUGCCCCCAGGGUCUGGUGUGUGUCUGCGCUACAUUGCAGCUCAAGGACCGCUGCCUCAGACCUGCACUCACUUCUGGCAGAGUGUGUGGGAGCAACGCACACACACCAUCAUCAUGCUCACCACACUCACCGAGAGAGGACGGGUAUACACACGGACACACUCUCUCUCUCUAUCUCUCUCUCUCUCUUUCAAAGAGUGAAACACACAUUUACCGAAUGAGAAUGGGAUACAGCACACACAGGUUUACCCAAGGACCCAGGCUCAUUGUGAGUAGCUGUGUGCGUCUUUGCCUGCCUGUUGCUUGGUAACCUGAAGCUCUCACUAAUUGAUCAUCUUGCUGAUAUUCCACAGGUGCUUCACACACACACACAUUGAGGCUGACAGUCAGUUUCCACUCAUCUCCUGAUGUAAUAUAAGUCCUGGCCUUGAGAAUGUCCUGAGAUGUUUGGGAGAACACACUGAGUGAAGCACUGACUCAGAAAUAUGGAACACAGCUCAGUAAAAUAAAAUGUCUCAGAGCUUAAAGAUGUGUUAUAGCCUCUAGUAAAUCAAUAUUAAUGAAUGUCAAAAAUCUAUUGUGUUUGUUUGUAUAUGUGUGUGUGUUUCAGACUAAGUGCCACCAGUACUGGCCACACCCUCCUGAAGUGGUUGAUUAUGGGUACCUGAGAGUCAGCUGCCACUCCGAGGAAUGCAACCUGGCCUACGUCACACGCCAGUUCACCCUCACACACACAAAGGUAACACACGACCUGACUCACAUAACAGGAGGCGUGUGUGUGAGAGUUCUCCACAGGAAACAUUGACCAAACUAUCCCCAGCCAGCUCCACGUGUUUCUGCUUCCAUUGGCAUUGUGUUUAUUUACCUUUACACCACAGAGGUUAAUAUAGAACACGUUCUCCUUUACAAUAAUAGCCUGCCAAAGAGUACACACACACACUACACUGCUGUGCUGGCCCAUCUGUUCCUCUGGCUGUCAGAGUUAAUCCCUGCAUGGAGCCACAGGCUGGACAACACACUCUCCUCCUCUAUCCCUCCUCCAUAUCUCCCUCUCUCCUCCUCUAUCCCUCCUCAUCCUCCUCUCUCCUCCUCUAUCCCUCCUCCAUCUCUCCCUCUCUCCUCCUCUAUCCCUCCUCCAUCUCUCCCUCUCUCCUCCUCUAUCCCUCCUCCAUCUCUCCCUCUCUCCCUCUCUCCUCCCAUCCUCCUCCUCCCUCUCCUCUCUCUACCCUCCUCCAUCUCUCCCUCUCCCUCCUCCUCUCUCCCUCCUCCAUCUCUCCUCCUCCUAGUCCCUCCCUCUCUCCUCUCUCCUCCUCCUAUCCCUCCUCCAUCUCUCCUCCCUAUCCCUCCUCCACUCUCCCUCCUCCAUCCAUCUCUCCUCCUCUCCUCCAUCUCUCCUCCAUAUCUCUCUCUUCUCUCCUCCCUCUUCUCUCCUCCCUCUUCUCUCCUCUCUACUCUCCUCCCUCUCUCUCUCCCUCUCUACUCUCCUCCCUCUACUCUCCCUCCCUCUACUCUCCUCCAGAUCUCCCAUCACAGUAACUGAGUUACCACACCCUACACUUUCACUGUUUCUCUCUCCUCGCAUCUCAUCCAUCUCCCAUUACAAUCAUCACAUAUCCAGGUUAAUUUAAUUUAAUUUAUUAAAAUAUCUUUCAUAAAAGAGACAGAUUGGAAAAGUGUGUGUUCUCUCAGUGUUUUCCUUCUGUGUUUAUUAUCCUAUAUGUGUGUGCGUGUUUCCAGCUGGGAGAGGAGCGUUCGGUGACCCACCUGCAGUAUGUAGCAUGGCCAGACCAUGGUGUACCUGAUGACCCCUCAGACUUCCUGCUGUUCAUCACCUCUGUUAGGGAGAGGAGGACAGGAGACACGCCACUUAUGGUGCACUGCAGGUACACACAUUCACCACAAACACACACGCACACACACAAACUACCGCUCUAGGGAUACAAGACUUAUAACACCUCAUGUAUGUUGUUAAUGUAAUUGCAGCGCUGGGAUUGGGCGUACAGGUGUUCUCAUUACCAUGGAGACGGCGUUGACGCUGUUGGAGAGCGGACGACCUGUGUUCCCUCUGGACAUCAUCAGGACGCUCCGAGACCAGAGGGCCAUGAUGAUCCAGACCACGGUACACACAAGCACACCUAUACGUCUAACCAUUAGCUACGGUCCUCCAAGACCAGCCUUGAGCCCUGACUGAAACCCUAAUUACUAUGUCUGCAAAUUCCUUUGGUAUGUUUGUUGUAUGUGACUGGACUGUUUUUAUGUUUGUGUUCAAGUGUCAGUUCCGGUUUAUGUGUGAGGCCAUCCUGCGUGUCUACAGAGAGAGGAGAGCAUUCUGCAGCACCACCCUCAGCACGGCUAACGGACCACUAACAGGAGGAGGGGGGGACAGCUAGCCACAGCGCUAGGCUAAAAGGAG